UACAUGGCAGUAACUUCCAUGCCAGCUACUUUCCCGAUUUACUGGCAUGUGUAUCCCCAGCCUAACACUAAAGUAAAGCUUAUACCUAAUCCUUUUUUUUAUAUCUGUAAGUGAUUAAUCGACCAGACCGACAGAUGUGUGAUUGCGUACCUAUCUGACAAUGCAUAAGUCUAUAAUACCAAAUUAUCGUACACUAAUUAUUGAGAUAAGUUCAUAAUCAUUAUUUAGUCUUUUCGAGCACGGCCUUUAGUGAAUAAGUUAAUUUAAGUGUCAAAAAUAUGUUUCAGUGUAGGAUUUUAGUAUUACUAGCUUGCUUUGUGAACUAUCACUACGUCUCAGCGAUAUGGUCGUGCUCACAGAACGAUGACUGUUCCGCUCUGACGGGCAGCGUGUGCAGUAACGGGGAGUGCGUGUGUCCAGCAGGAACCCAGAAUGUGUUGGGUGGUUCAAGAUGUGAUCAAGCGGCACCUUACCACACAUCUUCAUGUUUCGAUGACUUCCAAUGCUCCAGGUUGUUCACGAACUUCGAAUGUAGAAGACCAGCCAACUCCUCAACCACUGAAGCCGGUCAGUGCUUCUGCCGCGAAGGAAACCACUACUUCCGCGGCCGCUGCUGGCCUUCAACCCAGUGGGGGGAGGCUUGCUCCACCGACGAGCAGUGCAUGUACGUUCUGCGGGAUCCGUUCAGCAUGAGCUGCACGGAAGGCACCUGUCAAUGCGCCCCGGGGUACUACUUGAGGCAGCGGGGGGAGUGCAGGAAGAGUGCUUUGGCCGUUGGCGACAUGUGUGUCAUCGACGAGGACUGUCAGUUUGCCGGCGCCAGCUGUCAGAUGUCUACACUCACCUGUAUUACUGCAUCUUCAAAUUCUUUCGAAACCAAAACACAUACGGCUGGAAUAAAUACUACUUCUAUAACAAAUACUAUUAAAGUGAACAGAAAAGAGGCAGAUAAAGAAGAACCUGUUUCUUCGACAAAAACUCGUGAAUUGACUAGGCAACACGGAGUCGUAUGCAGCGAUGACAGCGGUUGUCAAGCACCAUUCCAAUGUUCGAGUCUUAGGAUAUGCACUUGUCCUUUGGGUUACUACCCUAAUGCAGCUGGAACGAUCUGCUUAGCUGAAAUGGGAUCACCAGUUACUUCAGCAGAUCAAUGUGUUGGUCUCUUCACCGAAGUGCGAAACGGCAUCUGUACUUGUCACGUGAAUUUCUAUUACGAUGAGGCCAUGAGAGGCUGUGUUAAGCCUGCGGUGCGUCUGUCGGACUUCUGUUUCUCUGACGCGGGCUGCCACACUUUCGGCGUGGCAGGCCGCUGUGGGCCGGAGACUACUUGGGGGCUGAGGCAGUGUUACUGCGCGUCGGAGACUAUAUGGAACGAGAGGAGGCAACUGUGCGCGCUGUUCUCUGGUGUUGGCGAGCGUUGUGACGUCGACGAUGAUUGCUUGGCUGGAGAGCUGGAAAUACAAUGUGUGAGGAAUGACGAAGGUUACGGCGUCUGCAGCUGUCCUGAUGGAUACGUAGCUUCUGAUGGGUUAUGCCUGAUGUUCGGUCAAGGACUCGGAGAUGUCUGUCAGGUAGAUGCGGAGUGUUCCGAUGUUGAGAAUGGCGUGUGCGUCGACGGGUUGUGCACCUGCGAUGACGGGUACCAGCAGCUUGAAGAUUAUUGUGCUCCUGUAAUCGGCGGCAGAUGUGAGGAAGAUGCGAACUGUGUUAUUGAAGACACCAUUUGCGAUAACAGCACAAGCACUUGUCAGUGCAGUUCCGAGUUCAUCGCAUCAGCAGACUCAUGCUGGCCAGUUGUGGCUGGUUUCGAAGCACCCUGUAAUGUCACUGAGCAGUGUGCAGCAGCAAUGGGUCCCGCCGGUGCAUGCCAUAGCGGUAUUUGCGUUUGUCAGACUGGAUACCACUACAGAGACGAUGGCUGUCAACCUAAAACCGGUUUGUUCGAGUCCUGUCGCACAAGCAGCGUUUGCUUCUUAGAGAGUGGCUCCCACAAGCUGGAAUGUAGGAACAGCUUGUGUCAAUGCUCCUUCCACUACCCGUAUUUACACGACCAGGGAGUAUGCAGUCCUACAAGAACUAAUUCCGCUGGCGACAUUAUAGGAAACUACAAGAUCUUAAUGGCAACCUUAUUAUAUAUCUACUACAGUUGAAGAGGCAUAUAUAAUUUAUUACGUUUUAAUGUUGCCAUCUCUUCUACCUCCAUUAUUGUAAAUAAAUGAGAUAUUUUUCUUACUAAACAUGACAAUUGCACCAAUGAUAAGUAAAAAAAGUUUGCUAAAAUAAAGUUGUCGACAAAGAAAUUA